CCCAAUUACCCUUCAAAGUUUGAGGCAUUUCAAUUGUCUGCCUUCUCUCAAUUUCAUCGAUCGACCCUUAAAACCCUAGCUGAGUAAUAAUCUGUACUCAAUUGAUCAAUCAAUAAUCAAUAAUGGCGGAGCACUUGGCCUCCAUAUUCGGAACGGAAAAGGACCGGGUUAAUUGCCCAUUUUAUUUUAAGAUCGGCGCAUGCCGCCAUGGCGACCGCUGCUCCCGCCUCCACAACCGCCCUACUAUCUCGCCGACGCUGGUCCUCGCCAAUAUGUACCACCGUCCAGACAUGAUAACCCCCGGCGUCGAUCCCCAGGGUCAGCCCAUCGACCCCAAAAAGAUCCAGGAGCAUUUUGAGGAUUUUUAUGAGGAUAUAUUUGAGGAGCUUAGCAAGUUCGGCGAGAUCGAAACCCUCAAUGUUUGUGAUAACCUCGCUGAUCAUAUGAUUGGGAAUGUUUACGUUCAGUUCAAGGAGGAGGAUCAGGCUGCUGCUGCUCUCCAGGCUUUGCAGGGGAGGUUUUACUCGGGUAGGCCCAUUAUUGUGGAUUUUUCUCCGGUUACUGAUUUUCGUGAGGCUACGUGCAGGCAGUAUGAGGAGGAUAAUUGUAACCGUGGUGGCUAUUGUAAUUUUAUGCAUGUGAAAAUGAUUGGGAGGGAGCUUAGGAGGAAGCUGUUUGGGAGUCACCACCGCAGAUUCAGGAGAAGUAGAAGCCGCAGUAGGAGUUUGAGUCCCCCACACUACCACAGGCGAGAGAGGGAGAGGGACCAUGAUCCGCGUGAUCAUCGCAGAGGGGAUUAUCGGGGUGGUGGUGGUGGGAGGAGGAGUGGUAGUGACAGACAUGGGAGGUACGAGGGAGAGAGGAGGAGGCAUGGGGUGAGUCCUGCUCCAAGGAGGAGCAGGAGUCCAGUGAGAGAAGGAAGUGAGGAGCGUAGAGCUAGGAUUGAGCAGUGGAACCGCGAGAAGGAGGAGAAAGAAUAGUUAUGCAGUUGCUUCGGUUGCUCCGUUUGCUCCGUUGUCCAUCCUUCAACUUCAGAUGAGGGUGUAAAUGGAGCUGGCUAGUUAUGCAGUUUUUGUACUUCUGGUGAUUGUUCUAGUUAUAUAAUUUUUAUGCUUAUAAAAAACUUCAUAAUGUUGUUUUCCUUUCACGAGAUUAUGAUGGUUAAUUUGGAAGAUAAAAGCCAAUGUCUUUCUUUUUGUAUUUUUCCUCUUAAAUCUUGUAAUUGAAGACUGGUGCUGAUGUUUAUAGUUCUUUUUACAAGGGCUUAACAUGCUUCAUUGUGUUAUCGUAAUGCUUAUAUAUUUGCUCCUGUUGUUCUUUGA